AUGAAUGUUGAAAAGUCAGAUGACAAAGCAGAGAAUGGCUUGAAGUCUUCCUUACUUAUAAGGGAUGAAAAUGGAAAUAACUACACAUGUGACAGAGCUGCACCUUCAUCAAAGAGUUGUGAGACAGACAGGAUUUCAACUGACCAAAAUACAGUGACUGAGCAUGAAGAUGAUACAGUCAUUCUUGAAAGUAAGAGUGACUUCAAAAGUGUUCUUCUGAAACAGCAGGGUAUUGAAACACUUCAUCUGCAGAAGACACCUGGUAAAUACAACUGUACAGGAGCUCUGUUGAGAGAUGCAGAUGCUGCAUGCACGUCUUCCAUGGCUGAACAGACUUGUGAGCAUCCUUUGAACUGUGACAUGGAAGAAGCAACAAACUUGCUGAAAGGUAAUGUUGCUGUGGCAAAAAUGCAAAAUCAGAGUAUCAAACAAUCAGUGCCUUACAGUCAGUCUGACUCUAAGUGUGUAUUACUUCCUUCUGCUUCAGAACAGAACACGCAGUCCCUGAUAAAUGACAGGGUAUGCUGCCACCUGAGCAUGUUGGAUGUUGCUAAUGUUAUAGGUGAAACUCCGGGAACUGAUCAAAAUGAUGACAUGUACCCGAGAGAAACACUAAUCUCUUCUGAAGUAUGUAUGAGAGAGAAACCUGAUAGAACCAGCUCAGAAGGAACACCUAAUUUCUCCUCUACAAUAGUGGCUUCAGAAAGCCCAGACACCUGUUCAGAACCUGAAGUUUAUUGUCCUUCCCCUGCAGGCGUCAAGCACUAUCUAAAUAACACUGACAAGCCUGAUAAGGAAUCACAGGAAACAGAAGCAGAGUCUGUAAAACUAGCUGCUAGAUGUAUUGAUCCUUACAGGCAAGAUGCAUUAUCACCAUGUGUUAAUAUUAACGAAGAUGACCAAGCCAUGUCCUCGCACGAUAUGCCUGACCACGGUGAAACUGGGAAUUCCAGUGCUGAAACAUGCAUGGAUAGUCUUGUAAAUAACGUUCCCCUUCUCCCACUACAUAAAAUGGAUGAAGAACAAGUAUCAAAGAAAACCAGUGAACUCUUAUCCAAAGAACAAGGUACCUCUGGAAAUGCUGCUCUUCAGGGUACGUGCAACACCUCUUUUGUAUCUUGCAGUGUACCAAAAUUAAAGAGGGCUGUUAGACCUGAUCUGAAAUGUGAAGCAACUUUUGUAGUCUUCAGUCCUAUGGCUGAUGAAAGCGAUCCAGCUCUAUGUACUUCAACCCCUAAAGAACUAUCAAAAAAUACAACUUUUUCUGUUCCAGCUUUGAUGGAACUUGGAGACAAGUCUCCCAAACUGAGACCAAAUGAGGCAUUUGUAGGAAGGCAUAAUAGGCAGCCUUUGCGUAAAGCUAGUUCAGGUCAAACUGCGGGAAAAACAGUGGGCAGGUCUCCUGUUGUGUCAACAAUAACCAAAGCAAAGAAAUCUGAGAUUGUUAGUUUUCCCAGACCUAAUUUCAAAAACGUUAAGCCAAAGGUUAUGUCCAGACCUUCGCUACAGACAAGAGACAGUGCAGCCUUAAAACAGUCUCCCCAGUCCCCUCAACUAUCAGCUGUCUCCUCUCCCUCACUGGUUGCUUCCCCAAGGCAAUUGUCCCCCUCUAUAAAAGUGCUGAAAAAGAAAAUAGAUCUAGCUAAAGAUAGUACAGUGGAAUUGCCUGUGAAUAAGCCCCAUAAGCUACAUCUUAACAAACACCUCUUCACUAGCGAAGUCGUACAUGCCACAACACAUCCCAGAAACGCUUCCCACAAGCCUUCAAAGACACCUCUGUUAAAACAGAAUCCGGAAGACACCGGCAAAGCAACCUCUACCCAUUCGGCAUGCUCCUCUGUUUCUGCUGCGCUUCCAGCGUGUGUAGAGAACUCAAAAGAAAUGGUGAAUGAUAAAAUGGAAAGUUCAAACUCCUUAAUGCAGCCUUGUGCUCAGAACACCUACCUGACCAAAGGAGAAAGAGAGCAAAGCAGCAACGUGGGAAUUCUUCUGGAAGCAGCCUUGUUAAAAGAUGUGGCUAAUGAAACAUUUGACCUGCACGCUGUUCCUUUGAUACCUUCUGUGAAGGAUGGGACAACACAAGGGAAAAGCAUACUGAAGAAAGGUCCAGUCACACUACGGAGUGCAUCAGGUCCCAAGGUUAAAAUGGUGCCAUCUGUGUUGCCCUUGAAGAGAGGAUGUGAAAACAAAACUGUCAGCGCAGUUAAAACACCUUCUCACAGAGGAGCUGUUCAGUCAUCAAGCUCUGGUGUGGGAUCCUUGCCAAGAGAGAGGCAUGCCUCCGUGAAAAAUUCUCCAGUCUCCUGGGCUAGCUCCAAUAAACCGCUCGCCAAAUCCAAAGUGCCUAUCAAAAGAUCAGUGCUUGAGAGAACUCCUAGCAUCUCAUCAGUCAGCAGCACUCAGAGUGAGCCAAAUCUUUUCAGCAGUAACUCUGCAAGUGCCACAGUCAUUAUCAAGAAUGGAGAAUGGCCUAAAAAACCAGGCUGUCAGAAUGGAACUUCUGCUCCUGUCCCUUUGAAAACAGUACCAAGACCCAGGUUACACUCGUUGAAGUCAACCCCAAAAGGAGCCAAGGCCAGGUCUGUUUCACUGAACCAGUGCACAUCAAAAUCAUCUGGGCCACUGCACUCAGCAAGGAAAGUCAGUGAGACUAGAGGUACUCCUGGAAGAAAUGGACACCAAAACCUAUCUUGCUUGGGUUCUGUUGACAAGGGCAAGCAGCGGAGUCCCAGGAGCUCAUGCAUACAGACUCAAGCCUCCUCAGAUGUGCAUUCGCCUGGCACAAAAGCAGGCGAGCUGACACAGUACAAAACAAAAUGUGAGACCCAAAGUGGAAUCAUCCUGCAGCUGAAAAGAUUCCUGACAAGCAGCAACCAGAAGUUCGAAGCAUUAACAGUUGUGAUCCAGCACCUGCAAUCUGAG